CUGUUGAUUCUCGUCAAAUCGAUGGCUUUGUCAAAGCGUCUGGCUCUGUUAGCGGCUCGAUCGGCCCUUUCCGCCAGUAAGCCUCGAGGUCUUUACUCCUCCAACUGUCGUCGCACAUUUUCAACUGAAAAUGGGAACGAAGCUCAUGCGAAAUUAGGGCUUAAAGAUUCGAAAUUGUCAAAGUCUGAAUCUGAAACUAAAAUUUAUAAGAUAUAUCCUGAACCUCUACCCCGGGCAGAAGAAAAACUAGCCAAAAUCGACGAGAUGAGGGCUAAGUUCAAAGCGCUAAUGAGCAAGAUGGAAAAGGAUUCUGUGGCUUCUUCAGCUCGACUUAAAACUGCUUCAGAUAAAAUUCUCACAGUCGACUUGCCUAUAAUUCUCUGUAUGGCAAUAACCUGGACCGCCAUGAUUGCGCACGAGAUUCGUUUACUAAAAUCAAGACCCCAAACCGAGUCUGCAAGCCUUCAACCAGAUCAAGCUAAGACCAGUUGAGCUCUAGCCAUACCAUACUACGGCUCAUUGGUGUUUUGUGUUUUAUUUCUUAAAAUGAUCGUCUCUUGUCUUUUAUGUUCUUUCUAUUGGACUUUUAGUAACUAUUGGAUUAAUGUUUUUUUCUAGUUCAGUUGACACAGUAUGUUGCUCGUUUCUUUUAAAUGACUGAUAAGCUUUUAACACAAUAAACUCAAAGCAUAUUU